AUGCCUACCGCUCAACCCGCCCAACCUUCUCAAUCUACUCGGAAGCAGACUCACCGCCGUCCAGACUCCAAUUAUCCUUUCCCCGAACAUUAUAAGACGAUAGACGAGAGCUGCCCGAAACAAAGGGAACUCCCUCCCGACUACAAACCAGACUAUCAAGCAAUCGCGAGGAAAUCCAGAACCUAUCGCAAACCAGGAAGACUCUUCUAUGGUUUCGGCCUCAACUUCCAGGACCUCAUCGAUUACGCUGACGAGCAUUCACUGUUCGAUCCCUCUCAUCCACUCUUCGAUCCUUCGGCUGAUCUAGAAAAUCCCGUGGAGAGAUACGUCUACGCUAAAUACAUUGGCUUGGAACACUUAAGAGGCCUUUGCAGAUUUGAGGACCUCGACAUCGCUCUGCCAAUCUCCCCCGAUUAUCAGAUCGUGCUCGUGUUGUACGAUAGUUAUACGGUCGAUGACUUCGAGCUGGAGACAGAGCAGGAAGAGGAUGUCAUUCGUAUCUUGAAGGAGGAGAUUCCGGUUUUCAGGACGCAGAAUCCGAGGUGGUUCUUCGAUCGCAUGGAUAGGAAGAACGAUGCUUGAACAGCUGCGUACAGUUGUUUUCUGCACUGAUCAUGGACACGGUGACUCAUCUCAUGCCUGUGACUCGGACAGGCCCCCUGAUCUCGUUGAUGGUAUUGUGCCUCCGCUUUCAGAGCUUUUCGAAUCUUCCCGCUCAGCACUCAACCUUAUUCGCC